AUGAACUUGAGGGUAAGCCCCGUAGCUCUGCGCACAAUUAAAAGACGGAUUGAUCUAGGUCGGAGCGCAGCUUUCUUCUUCACUUUUGCUCGUGCCCAACUCUUGUCUACUACUGCGCUGCUGCAAAUGUCUCAAAAGAGCCCCAAGAGCGGUUCGCCGCGUUCUCCAAGGUCUCCUCACAGCCAAGGGCCUGUGGCAGCUGCUGUACAGGCGCUAGAAGUCGACGACCUUGCUGAGGGGGAGGAAGAUGACCCAGGUCUUGGCGAAGACUCCGAAAGCUCGACGGCCUCCAUCACCUCGAGCAUUCUCCACUACCGCACCAUCAAUGGUAGGACCUAUCACAGCGAGAGAGGGAAUGCCGCCUAUUGGCAUCACAUGUUUACUCUUUCGCAAGACGGUGAGCUGUACUUUGCUCCCCUCGGUGAUAAAAUUCAAAGGGUACUUGACAUUGGAUGCGGAACAGGGUGCGAAGUAAUUGGGACGGACAUUUCUCCCAUUCAGCCUUCAUGGGUACCACCUAAUGUCAAGUUCGAGAUCGAGGACUUUAACCAAGAUUGGACCUUUCCUUCAGAGUCUUUCGAUUACGUCCACCUACGCUAUUUAGUUGGAUGCGUGCCCAACUGGGACUAUCUAUUUGAACAGGCCUUUAAGGUUCUUAAGCCAGGUGGCUGGGUAGAGUCCUUUGAAGCUUCCGCUAUCAUCGAGAGUGAUGACGAUAGUGUGAAGCCCGACUCGGCAUUGGCACAGUGGGGACCUAUCUUUAUCAAGGCCUCUAAAACGAUUGGAAAUACGUUCACCGUCGUGGGAGACGAUCUUCAGAGACCCGGCAUUGAGAAAGCAGGAUUUGCAGAUGUCAAGCAAUGGGACUCAAAGUUACCUUUGAACCCUUUCCCCAAAGAUCCCAAGCUUAAACAAAUCGGUCAGUUUGGUGAGCUGUUCAGUACUCAGGACACUGAAGGGCUUGUGUUGUUCGUUGCCAACACACUAGGAUGGACUCCCGAGGAGGUCCAUGUAUAUAUCGCCAAGUUCCGACGAGAGAUCAGAGACAGGAGGAAUCACCCAUAUAUCCGCCUGAGAACUGUGUGGGCUAGGAAGCCAGAGUAA